CCUGGUAACUACUAGAAUCAUAGGUGUAUGCCAUAGUGCCCAGUAAUACUCGAUUAAUAAAAACUCAGAGAGAGAAAUAUGGGUUCAGCCUGAAGGUCAGAAAAGCAAAACAGCCAGCCUUUCUGAAAUGGCAAUCCUACCUACAAGAAUCUAAGGAUGAGACUGAGAUUUAGAGCUGUUUUCUCCCGUUUUAUAAUCCUCUCUCUGACUGGCAUUAAAGACAUGCCGGUUUCUAUGGCAACUAAUGUGACUACUGGGAUAUUAAAGGCGUGUGUUAUCACUGCCUGGUCUGUAAGGCUGACCAGUGGGACUGUUUUCCUCUCUGAUCUUCAGGUGAGCUUUAUUUAUUACAAUACAAAUGAAAUGCCACUACAGCCCAGCAAGAAGUAAUUCUCUGUUAGGAAUAAAAUGCAGCAAAAGCUAUUUGUGUGUACGUGUGCCCACUGUUGUGCAGCUGUGGAGGCCACACGACAGUUUUCAGGGGUCUGUUCUCUCCCUCCCCUUUACGUGGGUUCCAGGAAUUGAACCCUGAUUGUCCAGUUUGCACAUCAAGCGCUUUUACCUGCAGAUCCGUCUUGCCUCCCUUCUUUCCCUCUUUGAGGCAGGAUCACAUGUGGUCCAGGUUGGCCUUGUGUAUUAGAGAAUGACCUUAAACUUUUAAAAAAUAUAUCUCAUUUAUUUAUUAUAUAUACAGUGUUCUGCCUGCACACUAGAAGAGGGUACCACCAGAUCUCAUAGAUGGUUGUGAGCCACCAUGUGGGUGCUGGGACAUGAACUCAGGUCCUCUAGAAGAGCAGUCAGUGCUCUUAACCUCUGAGCCAUCUGUCCAGUCCUGACCUUAAACUUCUUAUCUUCCUACCUCUGUCUGCUGAGUGCUCUGAUUAUGUGUUCCUCACUGGAUUAACUUUACUUUUGAUUAUUUUUAACUUUUUUUUUAUUUUUACUGUACUUGUAUGAUGUUUUUGCCUGCUUGUUUGUCUGUGCAUUAUAUUGGAGUAAUACCUAAGGAGGGAAGAAGUUAGAUCGUCUGGGAUUAGAUUUACAGGUGAUUGGGAGCUACCACGUGGAAUCUAACCCAGGUCUUCUGGAAGAGCAGCAAGUGCUGGUAACCAUUGAGCCGUUUCUCCACCCCCUACUUCUUCUUAGUAAUAGUAUUUUAGAAUUUUUAUUUUAUGUGUGUGACCGUUUUGCUUAUACUUAUGUCUAUGUACCGCAUGUGUGAGGAGCCCAGAAGAAGGUAUUAGGUCCCCUGAAAUUUGAGUUACAGACAGUUUUGAGCCAUCAUAUAGGUACUAGGAAUUGAACCUUUAUUCUUAUUUUUUAAGGUAGCAUACUUGUAUCUGACUGUACAAAUGAAUCCAAGGCCUGUCUUCAUGGUCGGUGUUGUGAGAAAUUGGAGGACAAUGGAUUUUCCUGGUCACUUUGAGCAGAUUUUUCAGCAGUUGAACUACCAGAGACUUCAUGGCCAGCUCUGUGACUGUGUCAUCGUCGUGGGGAACAGGCAUUUCAAAGCCCACCGCUCCGUGCUGGCGGCAUGCAGCACGCAUUUCCGAGCUCUGUUCUCUGUGGCAGAGGGAGAUCAAACCAUGAACAUGAUCCAGCUCGAUAGUGAGGUGGUGACAGCAGAGGCCUUUGCUGCGCUGAUUGACAUGAUGUACACCUCCACCCUCAUGCUAGGGGAGAGCAACGUUAUGGAUGUCUUAUUGGCAGCCUCUCACCUGCAUCUGAACUCGGUUGUUAAGGCCUGUAAACAUUACCUGACAACAAGGACGCUGCCCAUGUCUCCCCCCAGCGAACGUGUUCAGGAGCAGAGUGCUCGCAUGCAGCGCUCUUUCAUGCUGCAGCAGCUGGGACUGAGCAUUGUGAGCUCAGCCCUCGGCCCCAGCCAGAGUGGCGAGGAGCCUCCAGCCCCCAUGAGCUCAUCCAUGCGCAGCAACCUGGACCAGCGGACACCCUUCCCCAUGAGACGCCUUCACAAGCGCAAGCAGUCUGUAGAGGAGCGGGCCCGGCAGCGCCUGCGCUCCUCCAUGGAUGAGGCUGCCAUUUCAGAUGUUACUCCAGAGAGCGGGCCUUCGGGCGUUCAUUCCCGGGAGGAGUUCUUUUCGCCAGACUCUCUGAAAAUUGUGGACAAUCCUAAACCCGAUGGGAUGGCUGACAACCAGGAAGACAGUGCUAUGCUGUUUGAUCGGCCUUUUGGUGCCCAAGAAGAUGCCCAGGUGCCCAGCCAGUCAGAUGGAAGUGCUGGCAUCAUGGCCUCUCGUGCAACUCAUGAAACUAGUUUUGAACAAGAAGCUGUAGCCGAGAAAGGCAGUUUCCAGUGUGAAAACCCCGAGGUCGGCCUCGGGGAGAAGGAGCACAUGAGAGUGGUGGUCAAGUCCGAGCCCCUGAGCUCUCCUGAGCCGCAGGACGAAGUGAGCGAUGUGACCUCCCAGGCAGAGGGCAGCGAGUCUGUGGAAGUGGAAGGUGUGGUGGUCAGUGCCGAGAAGAUAGACCUCAGCCCUGAAAGCAGCGACCGGAGCUUUUCGGAUCCCCAGUCCAGUACGGACAGGGUUGGGGACAUCCACAUCUUAGAAGUCACAAAUAAUCUAGAACAUAAGACCUCUUUCAGCAUUUCAAAUUUUCUCAACAAAAGCAGGGGGAGUAACUUUAGCUCAGGUCAGAGCACUGAUGACAACAUCCCAAACACCACCAGUGACUGCCGGCUGGAGGGGGAGGCCCCUUACUUGUUGAGUCCAGAGGCCGGGCCUGCAGGUGGGCCUUCCUCGGCCCCGGGUUCCCAUGUGGAGAACCCAUUCAGUGAGCCCGCAGACUCCCAUUUUGUCAGGCCUAUGCAGGAGGUGAUGGGCCUGCCGUGUGUGCAGACCUCAGGCUACCAAGGAGAACAAUUUGGGAUGGACUUUUCCAGGUCUGGCUUGGGUCUCCACUCUUCCUUCUCCAGGGGAAUGGUGGGUUCCUCAAGAGGAGGAGGCAGUAACUUUCCAUACUACCGACGCAUAGCUCCCAAAAUGCCGGUCGUAACUUCUGUCCGGAGCUCACAGAUCCCUGAAAACCCUGCCAGUUCCCAGCUGAUGAUAAACGGGGCCACUUCAUUUGAAAACGGCCACCCUUCCCAGACUGGCCCUCCGCAGCUGACCAGGGCCUCUGCGGAUGUCUUGUCAAAGUGCAAGAAGGCCUUAUCAGAGCACAAUGUCUUGGUGGUGGAGGGGGCUCGCAAGUACGCCUGCAAAAUCUGCUGUAAAACCUUUCUGACUUUGACAGACUGCAAGAAGCACAUCCGAGUUCACACGGGCGAAAAGCCGUACGCCUGCCUCAAGUGUGGCAAGCGGUUCAGUCAGUCCAGCCACCUGUACAAACACUCGAAGACCACCUGCCUGCGCUGGCAGAGCAGCAACCUCCCCAGCACGCUGCUCUAA